AUGAGAAGUUGUGGUUCAACGCCGGCUUUGACUGUCUUGGCCGCUUACGCUCCAACAUUAAGCUACGAAGAAGAAAAAGGCGAAGCUCUCUUUAUGGACCUGGAGAAACUCUACCGAGGAAAUCAUGCCUUCACAAUUGGCGAUUUCAACGUCAAAAUUGGCCUAGAAGAAUGCCUGAGCAACUUCGCAUCGGGACCCACGGCCUACAAUGGAAUGAACAAGGGGAGAGGCUCUCCGAGUUCAUCAUGA